AUGGGCGGUGUAUGGGAACGAUUAAUUGGAGUUUCCAGGAGAAUUCUGGAAUCCAUGCUUAUUGAUGUUCAAACAUUAACCCACGAUGUGAUUGUGACGCUUAUGGCUGAAGUCACUGCUAUCAUCAACUCCCGGCCACUGGUUCCAGUCUCCUGUGAUCCCGAAGUACCUGAUAUACUCACACCGAUGACUAUUCUCACGCACAAGUUGGACACUGAGAAGCAUGAAGCUGGGAACAUAGAUAUAAAAGAUUUAUAUAGACAGCAAUGGAGACGCGUUAAACAUCUGGCCAAUGUUUUCUGGACGCGUUGGAGGAAAGAGUACCUGCAGACACUUCAAUCUCGCCGAAAGUGGUUAGACAAUACGGAUAACUUGAAAGUAGGCGAUGUAGUUCUGAUCAAAGACAAAGAUUGUACUCGAAUGGAUUGGCCAGUGGGACGUGUCGUCGAGGUAUUCCCCAGCCAAGAUGGGAAAGUGAGAAAAAUCGAGGUGGCCAUAAGCAGGAAUAGCAAACUUCACUACUGUAUCAGACCUAUUGUUGACAUAGUGCUUCUUGUGACGAAUGACAGUUAG